CACAGCGCACAUGGUGCCUGGCUAAGCGAUGUGGGAACAAACAAGGGGAGGGUCAAAGGCAGGAACGUUCACAGCCUCCAGAACUAUUCUCGGAAACUGGAAUGUACACAGCGUGCUCAUGGCGAGCUUCUAGAUACUUCAAUGAACCCUUCUCUACGCCGCCCACGUCUGACGGCUAUUUCCUUUACUUCUUGAGGGCCACACCUGAGGGGAAUGUUUUUGGCCUUAAUGCUGCUGAACCGGGACUGAUUCUGUCCAGACAGAGUGGAAUGUGAAAGUUAGGAACAGUCUAAAGUUGAGAAUGGCCUGUUCAUCACUUGAGGUAUUCUCAUUCAAGGACCAGGAGCUUCCAGCCCACCUGCUCUGCCAGCUGAACAUCCUCAGGCUGGAGCGCAUCUUCACCGACGUGCUCCUGUGCACAGAGGACAAGGAGAUUCCCUGCCACAGGAACGUCCUGGUCUCCAGCAGCCCUUACUUCCGCGCCAUGUUCUGCAGCAACUUCCGUGAGAGCAGCCAGGCCCGGGUGGACCUGAAGGGCAUUAGCUCUGAGGUGCUGGCGGGGAUUGUGGACUACAUCUACACAGGCAGCAUCACCAUAACGAUGGAGCUGGUGCUGCCACUGAUGCAGGCUGCGUCCAUGCUGCAGUACGUCAGGCUCUUCGAGGCCUGCUCAACCUUCCUGCAGGAGCAGCUGAACCCAGACAACUGUCUGAGCAUGAUCCGGCUGUCGGAGAUCCUGCACUGCGACAGCCUGAGAGACAGGGCCAAGGAGAUGGCCGUGCGCUGCUUUUCUGAUGUUGCUGCCUCUGAGGACUUCUGCGAACUCUCCCUGCCUGAGCUCAUGUGCUAUUUGGAAGAUGACCGUCUUUGCGCUGAGGAAGAGCAAGUGUUUGAGACUCUUCUGGCCUGGAUCCACCAUGACCCCUUUUCACGGCGAGGUGCCAUCCAUGACCUCUUCAAGAAGGUGCGCUUACGUUACAUCCACCCAACGUACCUCUUCCAGUUCAUAGCCAACGAUCCUCUAGUCCAGUCGUCUACGCUCUGCACUGAGAUCAUUGAGUCUGUGCGGCGUCUGAUGUUUUCGGUUAGCGCCAAAUGCACCCGCGAGCUGAAGCCCCUGUGGACCACGCCUCGCCGCUACACCUGCCGAGAGACUUUAGUUGUGGUCGGAGGCCGUAAGAACAAUGAGCAGACGUCCAGAGAGGCACUGCUCUAUGAUGAACGCACCCAACGCUGGCAAUGGUUGGCCAAGCUGCCUCUACGCCUGUACAAGGCUGCUUACGUCUGCAUUCACAGCAUCCUGUACGUGGUUGGAGGCCUCAGCCUGAGCUUAGCCUCUGGAGACAGUGCAGUUAGCGCAACUGUCUACACUCUUUCGUUGAAGACCAACCAGUGGAGAACAGCCGAACCCAUGCUGGAACCACGCUACGCCCAUCAGAGCGUGUCCUACCUGCACUUCAUCUUUGCUCUAGGAGGUAUUGGGGCUGACAAACAGAUAUCGAACACAGUGGAGCGCUACAACAGCAUGUUCAACCAGUGGGAGGCCAUGGCUCCCAUGCCUACAGCGGUCCUACACCCCGCAGUGGCUGCCAAUGACCAGAGGAUCUACGUGUUUGGAGGGGAGGACUCCAUGCAGAAUCCAGUGAGAUUAAUACAGGUUUAUCACAUAUCACGGAACAUGUGGUCCAGACUGGAGACCAGGACAGUGAAAAAUGUCUGUGCUCCUGCUGCUGUUAUAGAAGACAAGAUUUACAUAAUUGGAGGUUAUACAAGAAGAGUGAUCGCCUACGACACCAAAGCCAACAAGUUUGUCAAAUGUGAGAACAUGAAGGAGAGGAGGAUGCACCACUCAGCUACCGUCAUCAACAACAAGGUCUACGUAACCGGAGGACGCUUCCUCAACAGCCACGAUGUCAUAGAAGACUCUGACUGCUUCGAGUGUUACGACCCUAAAGCAGACGCGUGGUCGUCUAAGGGUUCUUUACCCUACAAGCUGUUUGAUCACGGCUCACUGCCCCUUAUCUGUGUGUCUAACCGACCCAACCCUCCCUGAAGGAUGAGAGGAGGACCGGUUAAAAUUCCCAACACCUAAAAAUUCAAAGAAGCUGCCGCAGCUGAGACUGGAAAACCAUCUGAGGAAGCUCGCAUCCCCCUUCCAGACCGAGCCUCGUCUUGCCUGUGGCUUUGAUGGUAUGCUGCUGCAGAUCCCAGCAUCUGCAGGGUCUUAAAUCAAAGGAGAUUUGAGCUGAUGAGUGGCUGUGUCACUGUGACUGUCCCGGGAGUGCGCUCAGGAGCACACACUUGCGCAACGCACACCUGUCCCUGCACAACUGUGACCCAAAAUCUUCACAGGCCAACGUGUCACAUUCGAGUUCCUUCCAUCACCUUCUUUUCCUCUCAGAGGGGCUUCCGUUAUCGUGAACUGUAGCAGAAGGGUGGGUGAUAUGGCAAGGAAUUUAAUAUCAUGAUACUUUUUAUGACUAUUUUACUUUUUUGAGGUUUAAACUGACACACUGUAUCACCCAAUGAAUAGCGAUAUGUUUUUAAAGACUAAGAAAACCUUUAUUCAUCAUUUGUGAAUAUUUAUUAAUUAUAAACUCAGCUAUGUUGCAGUUCUUUGUUUGGUGGCUGCAGUUGUUAUACAUUCUUUGUAGUUUUUUUUACAGACUCUAUAAUUGGUUUAUAUAUUUGAUUUUAUGACAUAUGGACUUGCAACUUGUUUGAUACAAAAGAAAAAAAAUCACAUUGUUCUUAUUUUCAUUUCCGUGACAUAUCUACAAGAAAUACAUUAUAUCUGCCCAUUUUUAACAGUUUCUUUUUAUAUGAAAUUAUUAUUCCCAUGAUAGAUUAAGUUAUUGAUUUCUGGUGACUUCAGGUGAAUAUUUCUGUAUUUUUAAAUAUAUAAAUGUACAGCUCUGGAAAAAUUGAAGACACCACUUCAGUUUCUUAAUCAGUUCAUCUGGUUUUGGUAUUUAUAGGCAUAUGUUUGUGUAAAAUGAAUAUUGUUGUUUUAUUCUAUAAACUUCAGACACCAUUUCUCCUAAAUUCCAAAUAAAAAUAUUGUCAUUUAGAGCAUUUAGAGACGCAGAGCUUUCAGACAUUAAAUAAUGCAAAGAAAACAAGUUCAUAUUCAUAAAGUUUUAAGAUUUCAGAAAUCAAUAUUUGGUGGUAUAACCCUGGUUUUUAAUCACAGUUUUCACGCAUCUUGGCAUGUUCUCCUCCACCAGUCUUACACACUGCUUUUGGAUAAGUUUAUGCCACUCCUGGUGCAAAAAUUCAAGCAGUUCAGUUUGGUUUGAUGGCUUGUGAUCAUCCAUCUUCCUCUUGAUUAUAUUCCAGAGGUUUUCAAUUUGGUAAAAUCAGAGAAACUCGUCAUUUUAAAGUGGUCUCAUAUUUUUUUACAGAGCCGUAUAUUGUGCAGCCCUCAGAAAAGUGAGACCCAUAAAAAACAUACAUCAACCAUUUCUUUCUUUUGGGAAAACAGUUGGAUACUUGGCAAAUAUAUGUGCCAAAAUAUAAGCACUGUCAUUGCUGAUUCUGCUAUAGAAGACAAAAUGUACACAAUUGGAGGUGAAUAUACUACACCAUGUUUAACAGCAUGAACUAUAUAAUGAACCAAAGGAGAUGGGAGUGGAUCUGUGAAUCUCUGGGUUUAGAAUGACUAUUUAAUCUAUUGUUCAUACCCAUGAUACUACACUGGCAGUCAAAAAGAAAUUGAGAUAUGUAUAAGUCAAAAUGUAGCACUUUAUUUUUUGUGUAAAACUUGUUUUUAAAAAGGUAGAAAUUGUUGACAUAUGGUUGAUAUAUGGUUGAUAUAUGGUACAUUUUUGGAAAGGUUUCAUGAUGUUCCUCUUUAUUACAUCAUAAAAAUAUUGUCAUUUCACCCACCCGAAAAUAUUUAGAAUCCAUAAACUCAGAUGACAGACCUGAAAAAAAGCAAUAUGGCAGUGAACUAUGAUGCCUUAUUGGAGUCUAUUUAAACUCUUUAUGAAAACACAUUCCUUCAACGCAUAACAGGGAGAGAGUUUGCUGUGAAGCUCCCUGACAGGACAAUUACUAGAAGAACACAGGCUACUGCUGUGCUGCACUUUGUAUUUGCAUGCAUUAAGUUGAUUGCAAAGCCCUAAAGUGUUUACUUGGCGAGAAGGCCCUGUUUUCUACAAUCUGCUUCCAGAAUGCGAACAGAGUCAAAAGAACAAAAAAGUAAAAAAACACAAAAGUGGCACCAAACUGUUGGAAAUGUCUGUUUAUAAUGACUUGAAUUUUCUUUUAGUGCUGCUUUUAAUGAGUUUACUGCAUGUCUGGUGAAAGAGACUGCACUUAACCAUUAUAUCACAAAUGUGUCUAAUGUAGCAAUGUAAUGGAGAAAUCCACAUCAGAAAAAAGGGCCAUUUAAUAACCUACACUUUUACUGUGGUCAUUUCUGCCUCUGCAGCGCCCUCUCAGGUUCAACUGGGCUAUUGACGAGCAUGAUGUGCCUGUGUACUUUGGUACGCGGACACUCACAAUAUGCAAAUCAGUCAAUCAAUAAAACCGCCUCCCUGCUAACACAGAGACACGCUUAGAGACACACUGUUCAGUCCAAUUAGCUCUCCCUUCUGCCCCGCCCCUAAACCCAUACAUCACCCAGUGCUUCUCGCAGACUACUCCUUCUAUUUUUUUUACCCUUUUUCAAAGGUGUUUACUUGCUCUGUAACCCUGUGAGUAACCCUUAGUAUAAAAAAAAAACACAAAGGACAAGAUUGUGCAUAAACCACAUAAAUACAAGACCUACAGUAAUAUUGUAUAGCACUGUAAUAUUUAGCAACAGUAUAAAAAAGAUGGACACCCAACCCUCUUUUUCCCUCAUACUGUAUAUUUAAAAAAAUUAGUCUUUGUUAAUUUAAAUAAAACAGCACUCAAAGAAUCCUCUGUAGCACCUUCAUAUUUAUAUAUUUUAUAUUGGUUAAAAAAAACAUUGAUUGCAAACUUUUAAACACUAGUGUAUCUAACAGUGUAGAGGUGACCUCAUAGAUCACUGUGUUUUUUAUUUCUGUAUUUCUGUGUUUAUAUUUCUUUAAAUCGUUUGGGCUGCUGUAAUGAGAAGCGAGUGUAGACAGUUCUGUAUUUAUGGUUCUGUAAUAUAGAACAUUUCUGCUCAUCAAAGUGUUAUUGUAAAUAACAUAAGCUGUAAUAAAUGUCUCUUUGCCACAUUCAGGGUCGUGGAAGAGCUCGGCUGAAGCUCGUUUAGUGCCUUGGCUGACUCAUGUUUCCCAGUACUUGAAUGGAAUUGAGCAUGACUGAGGCAUGAACACUGUAAAGUGUCACGUUGCACACGUUAAGAGGCAGCGCUGCAGCAGAUGGGCACAGCAUGGUCCAGAGAGAGAGCUGGACAGCACCAGACACCAGAGAGGGCAGUGUGGCUUCAAAAGGGGAAAAAGGCAUGUAGGUCACAGUGACCGUGGUGGAUUAGUAUUGGUGUGGAGUGCUGUGUUUGUCAGGAGAUCAAGGUUUUCUGACCUUUGUCAUUUUAGAUUUUCUUCUGGGUCAAUAUCAACAUAACGUGCCUCUUGCAUCUGCAGAAUGUGUAACUGUGUAAGAAAACUUUUUUCAAGAUUUACUUUGAAUAAACGCAUUAUUACAAAUAUAGAGAAAUGUAAACCUUCAUGUUAAAGUAAAUUUUGUACAUUUCAUACA